GAUAAAUAUAAAUUUGAGGUUAACGUUUUCUUUAUUUAUUAUUAUUUUUUUUAUAAAUAUACAUUUUUUUAAAUAAUGUGGGUAGUCUUUGUGAGGAAUUUCACGUAUCCCUGUGUGUAUACAAUGAAAAAUAUAUAAUUUCUGCCAUAAAGUCUCUUACUGUUUGUGCUAUAGUCUAUAAUAUUUUGAAUUAAUUGAAAUUGUGACUCAAUGAAGUGUUGGUUAAAUUAAUAGCCGCUACCGGGAAUUGUUGUUUAUGAAUGGAAUUAACACAAAUAUGGCGUCCGAACCCUUGAUUGUUCAAGCGAUAUACUCGUUUAAGGGUACAAAUAACGACGAAUUGUGCUUUAAGAAAGGAGACCAAAUUACGAUCACCCAGAAGGAAGAGGGUGGUUGGUGGGAAGGCACAUUGGGCGAUAAAACUGGGUGGUUUCCUAGCAAUUAUGUGAAAGAAUAUUUUCAGACAGCUAAUGCAGCAUCUACUAGUUCGCAACAGAAGCAGUAUAGAGCAGUUGUUUUAAAAGAUUUGAUCGAUUCUGAAAAUGCUCAUAUUUCAGAACAGCAAGGAGUGGUUCAUAAUUUUCUUCAGCCGCUUGAAAAAAGCUCAGUAUUAUCUGCGGAUGAAUACAGACAACUGACCGGCAAUUUUUUAGAAGUAUUAGACACGCAUCAGCAACUGUUGGCGUUAAUCGAAGAGGAGGCGGCCAAGCCAAGCGAAGAUCAACGAGUAGGUAGACUGUUUCUAAAUUGGGCUCCACGAAUUAAACUAGCGCAUCAAGCUUAUUGCUCGCUACAUCCUAAAGCUGCUUUUAUAUUGGAUAAAUACAGAGAUGAACUUACGACGUACAUGGAGUCGUGCGGUGCGACGACACCUGGCGUUCUUGUGUUAACGAUUGGUCUCAGUAAACCUUUUCGAAGGUUAGAUAAAUACUCGGGCAUGCUGCAGGAGUUGGAGAGGCAUUUGGAGGAGAGCCACGUUGAUCGUGGCGAUACGCAGCGAUCGGUUGCAGUUUACAAGGACAUUGCUGCUACUUGUUUGGCAAUCCGUCGUCAGAAAGAGCUUGAGUUGCAAGUUGUAACGGGUCCUGUGCGCGGUUGGGAAGGUCAAAGUUUGUCUAGUCUCGGCGACAUAGUUUACAUGGGUUCAGUCGCCGUUGGCCCUCAGCAUCACGAUCGCUAUCUUGUGUUGUUUCCCUCAACCCUCUUAAUACUCUCAGUUAGUCCCAGGUUUAGUGCUUUCAUUUACGAGGGAAAGUUACCUUUAACCGGUAUAACAGUUACAAGAUUGGAAGAUAGUGAUCAGUACAAAAACGCGUUCGAGAUAACAGGCCCUCUCAUUGAAAAGCGGACUGCGAUUUGCCAAAGUAAAGACGAAGCUAAUCACUGGGUCGAGCUGUUACGAAAGCACAUGCCUCAUCGAAUAAAUGGUUCCAGUCCAAAGGUUUCUCCUUCCCAAGCAGAACUAGUUCCUCAACCACCACCACAUAUGUGCAACUAUCAAAAAUUAAUUCUGUCAUCCAUCACAUUGUUGGUAAAACUCGGUCAAAAGUGUUAUUUAUGCAUCAAUUUUGUUGGGAUAAAAAGUGAACUUUAUUCCUUGAUGCCCAAGAAGUGGUAUUUUUGGUGCUCAAAAUAGUUUUUGUCAAAAUCGUUAUUUAUUCAUCAAUUUUCUUGAGAAAAAGACCAAACUCAACUGCUCGAUACCAAAGAAGUGAUCCAUGUGUAUUUUUGGCGACCAAAAUAUUUUAACCAAAGAUGCCAGAAUUGUUUCUCAUGCGCCAAUUUUCUUGGGAAAAGGCCAAACUCGAUUGCUUAAUUGUCAAGAAGUAGGUAAUCCAUGUGCUCUCCAAAUAUUUUUGCCUAAAAAAUUUCAAAAUAAACGUCUCAAAUUCAAAGGUAGUCUGUCUGUCUGUCGAUAUGAGUGGGUUAUGCAGGGAAUACCCAUGUAGUAGUGUUUUUGGUUUACUUGCUUGUAGCGUCGUGUUAUUAAGCGAGAUGCUUGUGGUUUCUCUCAAUCGUGCGCUUGAUGGCUUCAUGUCCAUCGAUUUAAAAGAGAACAGAUGGUCCAGUUAGGAUGAAAAUUUGCAGGUGGAAUUUCUACAUUGAAGUUGGCAAAUUGGCAAUGUAGGCAAAAAAAUAAGGAAGACCCUUUUGACAUUUCCGUCUCCGGGGGCUGCUCUGGUUGCGCCACUGACUGGACUACUUUAUUGAACGACAUUGAAUUGGUACAUUUUGCUUUUAAAAGGCAAGU